GUCCGAGUCGCUGCGGGUUAGCAAGGAGGUAUUGAAAGCGAACUGGGGGUCAUGCCGCGGGGUCGUCUCUGCGCCUGCGCCUUGCCGGGAUGCUGAACCUUGCGGCGCUGCUGUGGCGCCGGCUCCUGCGCAAGCGCUGGGUGCUCGCCCUGGUUUUCGGGCUCUCGCUGGUGUACUUCCUCAGCAGCACCUUCAAACAGGAAGAGAGGGCAGUGAGAGAUCGGAAUCUCCUCCAAGUUCAAGACCGUGAACAGCCCAUCCCGUGGAAGGUGCAGUUUAACUUGGGCAACAGCAGCCGACCCAGCAACCAGUGCCGGAACUCCGUUCAAGGGAAACACCUCAUCACUGAUGAGCUGGGCUAUGUCUGCGAGAGGAAGGACCUGCUGGCGAAUGGCUGCUGCGAUGUCAGUGUCUCUAGCACAAAGCAGUACUGCUGUGAUGGAUGUCUGGCCAACGGCUGCUGUGGAGCCUAUGAGCACUGCGUUUCCUGCUGUCUGCAGCCCAGCAAGCAACUUCUACUGGAGCGCUUCCUCAACCGGGCAGCUGUGGCCUUCCAGAACCUCUUCAUGGCAGUUGAAGACCACUUCGAACUAUGUUUGGCUAAAUGCAGAACCUCGUCCCAGAGCGUGCAGCACGAGAACACAUACCGUGACCCCAUAGCCAAGUACUGCUAUGGAGAGAGCCCACCUGAACUCUUCCCCGAGUGAGGCCUGACGGACACACACAGAACCAGUGUGGUCCACGUGAGAUCGGGAACGAGAAAGCCACAAAAGGAUCCUUGGCUUUGACCGUGUCUUGUGGCAUCGGGGGUCUCAGGCUCCCUCAUCGUCAGCUGGAGCGGAUGGACAGAGCUGUUCUGUAGAGGAGGCUGGACGAGGCCCUGGGACCACUGGGACCACUGGUACCGCUGGUCAGGGGCCGGUGCUUGCUUCUGUUUGAUCCUUUGUUGUAGUUAUUUAUUGACUUUCCAGAGCAGUGGACGGUGCAGGGUUUUCGCAGCACACCUUUGCCUGUCCAGCUGAAUGCACUCGAGGAGGCGACAGUUGCCCUGGUUCCUGAGUGCCACUAGUGACGUCUCUCCUGCACCAGAUGAAAGUUUGCCUGCAGGGGUGAGGGUGUAGGGACUUAUUUUUGGUUCUGUUUUAACCUUUGACCAGCAGUCCUUGUAUCCAUAUGCCAACAUUCAGGGGUGCAUAGACCCUCAAGGAGGUGCUGGUCCCCCCUGAGUCUUCACAGAGUUGCCUGGGUGUUCUCAUAUACCUGAAAUGAUGGUCAGAAGCCUGAACCUCUGCCUGACUAUCCCAGUAGAGUUUGCCGUCGCCGUGUCCAUGUUGAAACUCCUCAGCCUUGAGGUGGGGGAUCCUGUCCCUUGUCUGUCGCAGAAGCCAGUGGGGGACAGACGAAAGUGUGCAUUCGAAGCAUCAUUCAUUCUUCUCUGCUCUCCGAUCCUGGCUGUGUGUCAGAGGCAAACACUUGUUCUCCCUGUAGUUCAUAAGGAAAAAAACUCCCAAGUUCUUAUUCCAGCCUCUAGAGAGUUUCAGUGGGAGAUGUAUGUGGUUGCCAUGGCUUAGAGAACAUCCCAGAAGCAGGUCCAUGUCCAGGGCUUACAGGGGUGGUAGUUGUCACCAGUAACUGACAUGGGGGUUUAAGCCUAAGGUCAAGACACCCCCCAGUGCUCCCAUUUUGUUUUCAGGCCAUCAGGCCACCCAUUAACAAACACUUCUCCCCAGACCCCUUGCCACCCCUUAGGGUAGGACAUGAUGUUUUGUGAUUUUGGACCAGGUUGGCCUGGGACCGGCCAUGAGUCUCAAGAUUUCCUAUCAGCGGCCUGGAGCCGUGACUCCCAGCUGUGUGCGCCUUCAGGAUGGAAUGUCCUUCAGCUCCCUCCUGCUUCCUCCUCCUGAAUUGUCUUCUGUCAUCUCUACAGAAGGGAGGACAGACUGCGGGCAGUUGUCUUCUCGUUUUGUCUUGCCGUGUUGGGAUCCAACCCAGGACUUGGUGUGUGAUUAGCAAACUUUCUGCUGCUGAGCCGUGGCCCUGGCCAGGGAAUCAACUUUUAGUGUUAGAUUCUGUGCUGUUUGCUCUGGACUUCUCAGUAUGUUGAAUCAAGCUUCAUGAAAUCUGGCACGUAUUGGAAUGUUCUGGCAUACUCAUUCUUUCUGGUAACUUUUUUUGUUCGUUUUUUGUUUUUUGUUUUUUUUUUUUUUUUUAGGACAGGGUUUCCAUAGCCCAGGCUGACCUCCAACGCGGUAUAUGUUUGACAGCAGCCUUGAACUUCUGACUCUGCUCUCUGCACCUGCCAGCUGCUGGGAUUAUAGGCACAUGCUAGCUUUUGAUACUAGUCUACAGACUUGGUCGGCAUCGAUGAUGAUUGGUCUCUGCCCUGAGUCACUGUUUGUGCGUCACCGUUAAGAGAGGUGACACACAUUCGAUGUGAACAGUCUGGCGUGUUGCCGAUGCUCCCUGACUUGGCACUGGGAAGGCACGUCGUGUGCACGGUCUGCACCAUUGCGGUCAAGAAUGCAGUUUGCUGGAGUUCCACUAGGUAGAUGAGGAGAUAGCAAGAGGCCCUCCCGAGCCCCAGCCACGACUGAACGAUCAAACCCACACAAGAACUUCAUCUCCAGUCCUGCCCCAUUGUCCUGUGCAGACUCGCCUCCACACCCUCUGCCCUAAGAAUGGGUGGCCUUCAGUUCUUCAGUUAUCCCAGACGGGAGAGCAGCGGUGUCUGCAUCCACUCAGUCCAUAACACAAACGUCACUUUCCAUUGGCCGUGGCUGCGGAAUGUAGGGUUUGUGCUUUAAUCAGUUAGGGGUGUGUGUGUGUGUGUGUGUGUGUGUGUGUGUGUGUGUGUGUGUGUUUGUCACUGGCCAGUGAAGAACUCUGCCUCACCUCCCUUGCAGAGCUCCCUUGAUGGGGUUUUCAGCUCCCUUGAUGGGGUUCCUAGAAUCAGAGGCUAUAGUUUUGAGUACAAGAGUUUGUUUGUUUUUGUUUUUUGGACCCAACACUAAUGAUAAAAUAAUAGCCUAAAAGUCACCCAGUCUAGAGAUAAGCACCAGCUAUUUUCCUCUUCCUCUGUGACUUUCCAGUCAAAAUAAAAACAGAAACCACGCACCUAGGGCAUGCUUCCCCCUGGAAAACACUGCCAGUGGGUUUGUAAUCUGCAGGCCUGCGUGACAUCCUUCAUGGCUUCAGUGUGACACUGAGUGUGAUGUGUCAAUCAUGCCCUAAGCUACUUCCUAAGAGUUCAGUGUUCCAGUCUGUAUUUAUUUUAAAGAUCACAGUCCUGUGUGUGUCAGCUUAUAUUGGACAUUGAGUCUGGGUUAUAAAGAUCUUUUUUUAACUUCGAAUAUUCAAGGUGCAGGGGAAGUUGGCUCAGUGCUUAAGAGUGCUUACUGCUCUUCCAGAGGACCUGGCUUCAUUUCCCAGCAUCCACGUUGGGAGGCUCACAACUGAUGGGAUUUGUGACCUCUUCUGGCCUCCACAGGCACCCAAAUAUGCGACACACAUUCACACAGACACCACACACACUUGCAAAUAAGGUAGUAAAAAUAAAUCUCUUUUUAAAAUUACAUUUUGUUAUCGUGGGGGUCGAGGACACAUGGGAACCAUGGUUUAGGUCAGAGGCCAACUUUUGGGAGUUGGUUCUCUCUUGCACCAUUGUGGAUUCUGGCAUGGAACUCAGGUCUGUCCUGGAGGCGGUGCCUUUGCCCAUGGAGUCAACUUGCUGGUCCUAAGUGUGUAUCCGUGAGUUAAAUGAUAAUGUACACAUGUGCUAUUAGUUGUGUGUAAUAACUCACACUGAGCCAAACCCGCUCUGUGUCUUGAUUGAUCAUUUAUUCUCUUCCCAUUUUUUACUACAGAGCAUUUUGAAAUGAAUGAAGCCUGAAAUAAUUAUAUAUCUCUCUUGCUCUCCUUUCCUCUUUUCCCCUCACGUCUUUUGCCUUUGAGUCAGGGUCUCUCUAUAUCCCAGGCUAGCCUCAAACUCUCCAUCAUCCACCCUUUGACUCCUGGGGUUUUAAACCUCAGCCUCUUCUCGAUUAACUGUCCCUCGUGUGACACUCGGGCAAUUAACUCACAUUCACAAACCCAUCUCUCUAAUAGAGUUCGGGCAAUGGUUUGUAACACAGGGCCCGUCCCUUCUCCAAUCCCUGGCCCUCAAGGGACACUUGGCAGUGUCUGGAGAUACUAUCCAAAGCUGGACUAGGAAAGGUCUCACUUGUCCCUAAUGGGCGUCUGCAGUUGCAGCUCCCUGGUCCACGGUGCUGAGGGCAGUCAGGCUGCGCAUACUGGCAGUGCCUAGGUAACAACCCAGCUCCAGGUCACGGCUGUGCCCUAGGCUGAACGGACUGCCAGCACUAAGCACUGACUUCAUUAUCUCCCCACCCCAGAGAAAUCCCGUGCUCAAGUGCUGAUUAAAUUAUGCUGUGAUCCCCACAGGACAUGCCAGCAUAACAGCACAUUCCUGCCUCAAGGCACCAUGCACGCACAGUGUCCUUAGUGAGCUCGCCGUCCACCCGGCGGACAGUUGUCUGCAGAAUGAGCUGGAAGUCUGUGAGCUAUCGGUGGAGUGGGGGUAGGGUGAGAGGGGGGCUGUCCCCGAAGGCUCCUGGGGGUUCAUUCUGUUUAAGAAGGCAUAGUGUGAGUGCAAGAUAAGAACGAACUGAGCCUAAAGAGAGCCUAGCUACCAGGACAGUUUUCUUCCCAGUUGUGUAAGUACGUCUGUUGCCAAUGUGUCACCUUCCAGGCAAGGUUCUUUCUGGGCGUUUUUAGACAGUUCGUCCUGGUGUGACUGCAGCUCUGGGUACCAGCAUUGCCACUUUCUCGAAGUUGCAUGUCUGCAGCAUCCCUUGUGCAGUCCAUUUUCAAAGAUGUGAAUGGUAGAAGGUGGUUUGGUUCGCCACCAAUGGUUAUGCCUAUGCCACCAACUCUUGACUCCCAGCUGAACCCUAGCAGCCAUCUAAAGAGGCCUAGGCCAUUCCCUGUGAGAGUUCAGGACUAAGAAACACAAGCCACAGCCUUUAAGAUAAAGAAAGAGGUCUAGCAGAAUGUAGGGGCUGUAAUCCCAACAUUGGGGAAGCUGAGGCAGGAGGAUUGUGCACUUGAGCUCAAUCUGGGCUCCACAAAAUGAGACCCUGGCUCUGAACAAUAACCAACAACAAAUCAACUCGCCAGUUAAAACAGGAAGAGCAGCUGUUCAGGUGUUUCAGUGUGCAUGUGGUUGCAGCUCUCAGGACUGGACGUUUCUCUGAACCCGUAGGGCCAAAAGGGAUUAAACAGCAGAACUAGAGACAGGCUGUUCUGUGUGGUCCAGAGUGUAAGCCUAUGGUCAAAACACGCCCAGAUGACCUGGAGCUGUGUGUCAUGAACAACGCUGGUUCUAGACCACUGGCCAUGCUUGUUCUAAGAUAGGAGCGUGUGUGUGUGUGUGUGUGUGUGUGAGAGAGAGAGAGAGAGAGCACACCACGCACGUGUUUGUCUUGCCCUGUGUGAAUGGAACACUGAGGUUAGUUGCUGGCACUCAGAAGGCUGGGCAGGAGAAAUCCAAGUCCAAGUCCAAGAACAGCUUGGGCUUCAUGUUGAAACAUGUGCUGAAACACACACACAGUUGUUUUUUAAGUUUUAAUAAAAUAUUUUCUUUCUUAAGUGUUGGUGGUUUGGAUGAUAAAUGUGAUGAUCUGUGUGUUGCUCUAGGCAUGUGUCAUGCAUUGGCCGUGUGUGAGUGUGUGUAUGUAUGUGUGUGUGUGCAGUUGUGUACUGUGUGUGAGUAGAGCAGUGGAGUGAAGUCUGUGGCCAGCAUCCUGACCCACCUCACAAGAGCCUGGGCAUUCAUGAACUUGGGUAAAAUUGACUUUCAGGCUUUGGUUUCUCAUUCUCAUUGCCAACCAGAGUGGAAGCUAACACAUUUACGGAUUCCACAUCCUGGCUCUGACCAGAUCCCACUACUGAGCUAAACAUGGCCAGAGCCUUAUCUCUUCAUUGCUCUGUGUAUACUGUAUUUUGCACAGGGGAGGUGGACACUAGCCACAGGGACCCCAGUUGACCUCAAAGCAACCCCUCCCCGAGGCAUCCUGAAGACAGAUCAAACCUGGACAAACGUUUUCUUCAACUUCCUUCUCUGAUUGUCUUGGGUACCAUGUGCUUGUCGUGUGUGCGGCCCUGCGCCUAUAGAAACAGCCUUCGAACUCCUGUGUAAGUGUAAGCAAAGCUACCUUUUGGUGGGGAUGCCCAGAGCUGUGUGUGCGCAGACUCUUUUCACUCGAUGAGAUACUCCAUGGCCUUGAGCGGAGAUGCCCAGAGCAUGUUAUACUUCCUAAGCAGGGCUUCCCUGGGAAGGGCUGCCUCUCAUGUCUCUUACAAAGAGGAAAUCCUAAAAACAAGCCUUCAAAAUGAAAUUGAGCCCUUUAGGUUCCUAGUCCCCAAAGGAUAGCAUUUUGUGUCUAAAUGUGUUAUUUUAUGUGCGUGUAUAAAUAAAAAUGGAGUCACACU